UUUAAGAAUUUAUCGUUUAUAUAAAAAUAAUGAUUAGUAGGCAACUUUUAAAUCAGUUUAUAAGAUCCUCACCCAAAAGUGUGUAUAGAAACUUUUGCAAUUCAAAGCAUAAUGAAGUGAAGAAAGUUUUUUCCGGUAUUCAACCAACUGGUGAUCUGCACAUUGGAAAUUAUUUAGGUGCUAUUCGAAGAUGGGUAGACCUUCAAAAUGAUGAGAAUGAUGUUACUUAUUGUAUUGUUGAUCUUCAUUCAAUAACAUUGCCUCAAAACCCUUUAGAAUUGCGAAAUAAUAGUUUGAGGAUUUGUGCUUCAUUAUUAGCUUGUGGUAUUGACCCAAACAAGUCAACAUUGUUCCUCCAAUCGUCAAUAAAAGAACAUUCUGAACUUUGUUGGAUUCUUGGAUGUAUCACAACAAUGGCAAGACUCACUCAUUUGCCUCAGUAUAAAGAUAAAUCAGCAGCAAUGAAGGAAAUUCCACUUGGACUUUAUCUCUAUCCAGUUCUUCAAGCUGCUGAUAUCAUGCUUUAUAAAGCAACGCAUGUUCCAGUUGGCGAAGAUCAACUUCAACAUCUUCAACUUGCUUUAAGUCUCACAAAACUUUUCAAUCAUCGAUUUGGAAAAACAUUUCCAAUGUGUCAGGCGAUGGUGGCUGAAGAUGCAAGUUGUCGAAUAAAAUCUCUACGUGACCCAUCGAAAAAAAUGUCAAAGUCAGAUCCUGAUCCUAAGAGUUGUGUGAUGAUUACAGACACACCUGAAGUUAUUAAAGGAAAAGUAAAGAAAGCAAUAACUGAUUGCACUUCUGAGGUAACUUUUGAUCCUUUAACUCGACCUGGUGUAGCUAAUUUACUCACAAUGCAUUCAAUGGUGAGUGGGAAAAGUGUUCAAUCAAUUUGUGAUGAAGUCAAAGAUGUCGACACGGGAAAAUACAAACUCAUCGUCGCUGAUGCUUUAAUCGAACAUAUAAACCCAAUUAGAAUUAAAAUAGAAGAUUAUCUUAAAAAUCCAGAUCAUUUGUGUAAUAUUUUAAAUCAAGGAAGUGACAAAGCAAGAGAAGUCGCUGAAAAAACAAUCAACGAAGUGAAAAUAAAAGUUGGAUUAGGAAAUUUUAGGUGGGGAUUGAAAGCAAUCUCAAUAUUUAUCACGAUAAAAAUCAAAAUCAUUCUCCUGCUUCUCUUCAUUGGUGGCGGAAUCUUUUAUGGAUUGAAAAUAUGGCAAGGAACAGCACUCGGAUGUCCAGAACCGAUUGUGCAAGAGAUUGUUAAGAAUCAUCACGAGAUGGUUGUCCCAUAUCAUCAUAGCAGUGGAGGAUUUUCAUCUGAAGGCAUUUCAUCAUUUCCUGGUAGUUUUCAUGAUUCUUUCAGUGGUGGUGAUUACAGUGGAAUUUAUUCGCACACCCCUGGACCACCAGUUGGAUCAUCACAUGGCUUUUCUGGUUCUUCCAUGUAUUUGCCACCAUCAGCGUCUGGUUCAGAUCCUGAAGUCGGACCACCUCAAAGUUCCCAAAGCUACUCUACGUCAGAUCCUGAAGUUGGACCAUCUCAAGGUGUUCAAAGUUAUUCAGGAUCUCCAUAUCUACCACCAAGUGGUAUGGCUGAACAAUCACCACAAGCAGCUGCUGCUUUUUCAUAUCCAAAUCGGCGACGUCGUGUCAGAGGCAGACAACUCAAUGAAGAGUCAGUGACACUUUUUGGAGAUCUUCUCUUUAGAUUUCUUGGAGUCAACACAGAUCAAUGCAAAAAAAGAUUUGUUUGUGAAUUGGAAUUCAGAAAUCCUUUCUUGGGAUAUGCAAUGAGAUAUGUUGGAGUUGAAUUGUUCAAAGAGUACGUGACAUCAAAAGAAGGUCCACAAGCACCAAAGAAGUUCACCGAUUGUGCAAAACUUUAUACCGAAUGUCGAGCACCAAAUGAAACUUCAACGGGAAUUAUUAGAAAGAGAAGAAAGCAAAUUAGACGACAAGAAGAUUCAACAACAACCGAAAGCAAUUCAGUAGAAGAGACGACGACAGAAGUUAACGAUUCAGUGAAGAAUUACAUCAUGAAAAGAAAGAAUUGAUUUACAUUUCUUAGAUUUAGAAUUAUUUAUUAAAUUAUUUAUUAAACACAAUAAAAGGAAUCUCCAAGAUGAAAUCAUUUAAUUAACAUACUUUCCAACCAUUCGGCUUCUGAAGAAUAUAAGCCAUGUUAUUGAGUUGAUAAACGAUAUCAUCAAAAUCUUUAACUCCAAUCUCCUUAGCCAUUGAUUUCAGUUCACUUGAUGUGAAUAUAUCGCGAUCUUGAGAUUCUUUUUCAGUCUGAAGAUGUUCGUAAAAUGCUUUCAUUUGUUUAGGUUUACUCCAUGACGACACAUUCAUAUUUUGACGCUUUUUUGGUAAUGACGAUCCAAUGGUUUCACUCGGAUCAUCAUUAUCAAAGACAUCAGUCAUGCUGAACCUAAAUAAAUUUAUGACGUCAAGGGCGUGAUCGCGAGUUGCUUCAUUAACGAGAUCAGCACGAGCUCGUGAAAGCGUUAAACGCAUUAAAGCUUCAAGUUGACGAUUUGAUAUCGGUUGAACAUCAACACCAACAAUUAACUUCUUCAGAUUCAAAUAAAAGCUUUUAAUUUCGUUUAUUGCUUCAUUUGAAAGUUUUGGAUGAAAAUUAUCACGAGCGUAUGCAAUGUAAAGUCGAAGCAUUUGUGACGGAAGCACAUCGACAUCUUCAUUCGACUCUUUUUUCAACCAAUUUAAAUUAUUUCUGUUCUCUCGUUUACAUUUCGUAGAUGUUGUGGGACUAAAGAACGAAUUCUUUGAUGUGUUACUGAGAUUGUGGCCUUUUGUUGCAUGUGCUAAGAAUUGUUCAUCGAUUUCUCUUCCAUGAUUUCUGAGUGGAAGAAUCAGAUCAAAGCGUGACAUCAUCGGUGCUGAAAUUCUAACAUUUUCUUUGAGUGUCUUCGAGUCAUUAUAAAAGCUACUAACAGGAUUAGCGGCUGCAAUGAUGACAACACGUGAAGGAAGAUUAGCGUAAAUUCCAGAUUUAGAAAUGCUUAUUAUUUGUUGUUCCAUUGACUCGAGAAGAAUAUGAGAAUGAGCUGACAUUUUAUCAAACUCGUCAAU